AUGGUGGCGCCGAGGUGGGUGCGUCCCUCGAAUCGUGAUCGGAACACUGAAGGAUACUAUGAGACGGAAUUCCAUCGAAUGCGACAACGGGAUCCCGAAUAUUUCAAGGACUCCAUCCGCAUGAGCCCUAGAAUGUUCGAUCUACUGCUCAACAAAAUUGAACACCGUUUGGAUAAAAAAAUCCUUCCGCAGGCCGAUAUCACCCAGUUGUACUUGGCACAUGGAACUCCGGUAUCGAUUUUAUCGAGGCUUUUUAAAAUGGGUGAAUUUACCGUGAGGAGCAUCACGCUAGAAGUUUGCCAGGUACUAUGGGAUACUUUGAAGCUGGAAUACUUGCCGGUGCCCACAGAACAGGACUGGAAGAAGUAUGCAGAGGAAUACACUGAGAAAUGGAACUUUCCAAACUGCUGUGGAGCAGUUGACGGUAAGCACGUGGCUAUCCAAUGUCCUGCGAACAGCGGCUCAGUUUAUUUCAACCAUAAAGGCUUCCAUUCAAUUGUUCUGAUGGCAGUGUGCAACGCGAAGUACGAGUUCUUGAUGGUAGAUAUCGGAGGAUUUGGUGGAAAUAGUGACGGCGGUUUAUUUUCUGCCAGUGAAUUUGGGAAACGCUUGCUUCAAAACCCACCACCAAAUUAUCUACCCAACAGUGUUCUAGAAUUCCCGUUUUACAUUGUUGGAGAUGCCGCUUUCCCUCUCAAGAGGAAUCUCAUGAGGCCGUACCCGGAUAUGAAUUUGCCUAUUAUUAAAGAAAAUUUCAACACCCGCCCGAGCAUUGCCCGGAGGACCAUAGAGAAUGCAUUUGGAAUAUUGGUAGCUCGUUGGAGAAUUCUCUCCAAAACUAUCGAUUUGCAUCCCACUAAUACUGGAAAAAUAACUCAAGCCUGCGUUAUCCUGCACAAUUUUAUGAUAAGGCACACAAAUGAUUACAAUUCUGAGCGUUUCGUUGGCCAGGUCAAUAGGAACACAGGGACAGUGACAUCGGAAGGGGAGUGGCGUCCUCAUACUGACCCAUUAUGGAGCGUUACAGCAGCUGAAGUGUACCUCGGAAAUAAUUCAAGCCGAAAUGCGUACCAUCUUAGAGAUGUUUUGGCCCAAUAUGUUCUGGAUGAAUAA